AGGCGCACUGGGCUCGCGGUGCCGUACAGCAGCUAUGGAGCAGGCACCUCCGGACCCCGAGAGGCUGCUACAGCCUGCAUCCCUGGAGCCGCUGGGCGGCCCUGGCGCUGUGCUGGAAGCCGCGGUCGGUGAGGAGACCGAGGGAGCCAGGGAAGACGGCCCAGGGGUGGACACGAUGACAGGAAAUAAUUUUUGGUUGAAGAAAAUAGAAAUCAGUGUUUCAGAAGCAGAGAAGAGAACUGGAAGAAACGCUGUGAACAUGCAAGAAACGUACACUGCUUACCUCAUUGAGACACGGUCGGUUGAACAUGCUGAUGGGCAGAGUGUCCUCACAGACUCACUGUGGAGGCGGUACAGCGAGUUCGAGCUGUUGAGGAACUACCUUUUAGUGUACUACCCGCAUGUUGUUGUGCCGCCUCUUCCAGAAAAGCGGGCAGAGUUCGUGUGGCAUAAACUCUCUGCUGACAACAUGGAUCCAGACUUUGUGGAGAGACGACGGAUAGGCUUAGAAAACUUUCUCUUGAGGGUCGCUUCACAUCCUGUCCUUUGUAGAGACAAAAUCUUCUAUUUGUUUUUAACACAGGAAGGUAACUGGAAGGAGACUGUGAAUGAGACUGGAUUUCAGCUGAAGGCAGACUCCAGGUUAAAAGCGCUUAAUGCAACAUUCAGAGUGAAAAACCCAGACAAGAGAUUUACUGAGCUGAAGCACUACAGUGAUGAGCUGCAGUCCGUCAUCGCACAUCUCCUUCGAGUCAGAGCUAGAGUUGCAGAUCGACUCUAUGGUGUGUAUAAAGUACAUGGGAAUUAUGGGAGAGUUUUUAGUGAGUGGAGUGCCAUUGAGAAAGAAAUGGGCGAUGGGCUGCAGAGUGCCGGCCACCACAUGGACGUGUAUGCAUCUUCUAUUGAUGAUAUUCUGGAAGAUGAAGAGCACUAUGCAGAUCAGCUAAAGGAGUAUCUGUUCUAUGCAGAAGCACUGCGGGCUGUGUGUAGGAAGCAUGAGCUUAUGCAGUAUGACUUGGAGACUGCUGCUCAGGACCUGGCUUCCAAGAAACAGCAGUGCGAGGAGCUGGCCACUGGGACUGUGAGAACAUUCUCACUGAAGGGCAUGACUACGAAACUCUUUGGUCAAGAAACUCCAGAGCAGAGAGAAGCCAGAAUAAAGGUGCUAGAAGAGCAGAUAAGUGAGGGGGAGCAGCAGCUGAAGUCUAAGAACCUGGAAGGCAGAGAAUUUGUGAAAAAUGCAUGGGCUGAUAUUGAACGCUUCAAAGAACAAAAGAACCGGGAUCUAAAGGAAGCCCUCAUCAGCUAUGCUGUUAUGCAGAUCAGCAUGUGCAAAAAGGGAAUUCAAGUUUGGACCAAUGCCAAGGAAUGCUUCAGCAAGAUGUAAUCCCCAGAAGUAACUUUCUCUUCAAUCAAAGUGCCCCAAAAUGAAGCACAAGUAAAAAGAAAUUCAUUUGCUAUGUAAUAUACAUAAAACAUAUGGUAAAUUGAAUAAAUCAACUUUCUUUAUCUUAGGUAUAGUUGUGUUCAUAUAGCACAAAAAGAUACAUUUUAAUGAAGAAUAAAUAUUAUAAUUUGAGGUUUUGGGGACUGGUGCUGAUUCCAAAAAGUUAAUUUAAUAAGAUAUACCA